AAGCCUUAGUUUCUCGAUGUUAGCUCGCUUCCGACUCCGAUUCUGCCUUGUUGGCGAACUCGUCUUAUGGCUUCGCGAACGAUACUGGUAUCCUGUUACAGCGCCACGGUAAAACACGCCUCGGUUCGCGAUGACGUCGCGUUCGCCCAAUGCCGAGUUCAACUUUGAUCCGUCAGCUAGACGUUGACGGAAUGGAUUCCCUCUGUGCCACCUCGAGGUGAACUCGGGACGGGUAGUCCGCCCAUUUGACACCUUAAUCUGUUUACCGCAAUUUUCGUUACGUAUACGGAUCGCCUUGGGAUACUCAGCGCGUGGCGACGUUAACGGAAGUGCGAGAUUUUUCAGCUCGGGCAGCAGUGUCUAGACCUAGAGUCACGCUUGCCUAGAACCGAGUAGAUUCUUGAUCCGUCAGCUAGACGUUGACGGAAUGGAUUUCCUCGGUGGCCACCUCGAGCUGAUCUCGACACAGUUAGUUCGCAUCCUUUACUCAGUCAAAUUUUCUUCCGCAGGCAGAUCGCCUUGGAAUCCUCGGCGAGUGGCGAGGUUAACGGAAGUGCGAAAUGCGUUCGGCUCGGGCAGGAGUGUCUCUCGCACAUUGCUGCCCGAAAUUAGCACAUUCAGCAGACCGAGCCACAUCGGUGUCCUUGGGCAAAGCGACGUUUUCGCUUGGGCGCAUAGCAAAGGAUUCCGGCAGCAAAACCGCAUGCGAUUGGUCGACUCAUUCCUCCGAAUUUCCAGCUCUGACCGCGAAAUGGAGCCACGCUCCGCUCCUCCCUCUGUUCGUCCAAGCUCCGUCCACCGCACACCUCCGCCUUGGGACUCUCCCACCUCCCUACAAAUCCACACCUUCGCUCAUUCUAUCCACCCAAGCUACUCGAAUCCAGUCUUCGUCCUCACACCCCUCAGCUCGUCACGAUCUCCCGUCGUAGUCAGGCUAGCCGUCCGCUUGUACCAUGGCCUCUCGGAAUGUUUCUUCUCGUCUCGCGUCUGCAAGCCUUUCGAUUGACCACGCAUUCUGGGCAACAUUCUCGGAGGCGGAUCAGACGUGGCUGUACGCGCCAGGGAGCUCCUCGUCCCAUUGAGAGCGAGUUCUGGAAGGCCUACAGUGAGGCCGACCAGACCUGGCUGUACGCGCCAGGGAGCUGCUCCUCGCAGUCCGCCAUUGAGCACGAGUUCUGGAGGGCCUUCAGCGAGGAGGACCAGCUGUGGCUGUGCACGCCGCUGAACGAACCAUCCGCCGCGGAUUCCUCCCUGGAGCAUGCGUUUUGGGAGGAGGAGCAGACGUGGCUGUAUGUUCCAGGUAUUCCCUUCUGUGAGCCUGUUGUGACCGUGCUCAGUGCUGCCAGCAACGUCGCAUGUAGCACGCCGACACUCGACAGCAGCAGCAGCAGCAGCAUCAUGAGCACCACCGAAAGUGGGAGCAGCAGCAGCAGCAGCGGCAGCAGCGGCAGCUCAAGGCGUCCUAACGGAGCAAGCAGUGGCAUGAGCACGAAGGAGAAGCGCUGGCGGCAAGCCGUUGCUUACCGAGUGGGUCGCUUCCACGAGGAGGAAGAGCAGUGCCAUCGGCGCUCCUCCCGUGCCUCUCUCGGUUUCUCCCCCCUGCGCCCAAAAUCCAUGACUGGGGUGAGUAGAACCGCGAGCAAGAAGCCGAGGCCGAGGGAGGUGAUGGGAGGAAGUGGUGGUGGGAAACCCAAGGCUGGAAAAACUGCCCCUGUGACACCUGCUGCUGCAAAGGCCGUUCCUGCUAAGACUGUACCUGCAUCAGUGAAGGCGAUUCCAGCGACGAUCGCACCUGCAAGGCCUGCAGCCGUGAAGCCGGCAGGUGCUGCUGUGAAGCUGGCAUGUGCUGCUGUGAGGCCUGCAGGUGCUUCCAAGGGUGCAGCAGUGAAGGGCUCCAGUGGCCAAGGUGCGUCUCGCAUUCCCAAGCCCGCCCUGCCAAGGCCAGUAGCAGCGGCGUCAGGGGCCAGGGCAGUGGUUGGCGAAGCAGUGAGGAAGGGGGAGGCUUUGAGAAGGGGCAUUCUGAGAGCAGCAAGGCCAGCAGCAGCAAGGCCAGCAGCAGCAAGGGCGGCAGCAAGGGUGGCAGCAGCAGCAAGUGGAAUUCCGAGGGCAAGCAGGGCGGCAGCAGCAUGAGCAAGGCGAUAAGCACAAUGAUCCAAUGCUGAAAUGUGGUGCUGGUGGCAGGUUGGACGCAAAGGCGCUGGCAUGGGCAUGCCUGGUGGGGGCUAGUGGGAGGGAAAUGGCUGGCAGUACCCCUUUUUCCACCUUGCUUGCAGGGUGUUCCGGCCUUUCUCUCUCAUUGGUUCCCAACCUUCCUCUCUUGCUUCCAUCCCUUCUCUACUGCCUUCCCUCUCCCCCUCAAUUCCGCCUCACACUUGUGUUAUCAGCCAUGUCCCCUUUCCAUUCUCUUGCACAUGCCCGUACUCACUCACGCACUGCAUUGUCAUCCUACAUGCAAUGUCCCGUGGUUCGGCCUCCUUGAUUCCCAACCAGGGAUUGAAGGUGGAGAGAAACCUUGGAACCGUCACAGAUUCCCAUUGGCACAUCUUCAAUGUCAGAUACCCGUUUUCAUAUCUCCUAUGUCAGGUCCUUAUUCUCGGACUCCGAUGUCAAAUUCCCACUUUCGGAUUCCCAUUUCCAAGUCCCAGUGUUAACUUUCCAUGUCAGACCUCCACUGUCAGAUUCCAGUUUCAGAAAUUCAUGCCAGAUCAGAUGGCCUCCCCAAGCGCUGAAAUAGCUCCUGCCGCCAAACGAAGAAGAAAAGCCCGUUGAAUUUAGAAGACAUGCAUAGUCAUCUCAGCCACAGUAUUGGGGGUUUGGUGGCACACCUAGCACCUUCUCACCUUCCCAUCUGGGAACUCACGGGAGAGUGAGUUGUGCAAACCCACUAGCGCUAGCUGGUACGCUGCCUGGCAGCUGGUUGGUUGAAAAAUUGCUGAGACGAAAAAUGCAAUUGCUGCAAAUGGCUGGUCGUUGAAAGUUGACUGUGUCAAACAUAAGCAUAAC